AUUCUUCUCAUUUCUUCAAGAACUACAUAUUUUUUCACCUCUUUGUUUGAAAAUUUUCCAAGGAAUACAAGAAAAUUCAUCAAGUUUCAAGUUUUUUUUCUUUUGAAGAAUGAGGAAUCCUAGUUCACUCAAGCAAGAAUUUCUCAAGAAAUGGAUAAAGGGUCUUCAAAUAUGUAGUGCUACAAAGAAAAAUAUGAGUAUAAUGGAAAGAAAAAAAGCUAUAAAAUUAUCAGCAGAUAUAGCAAUAGCUUCAACAAGAAAAUCAACAAUUUAUUGGAGCCAUGCCCUCAUGGCCAAUGCUUCAAAAGAUGACACAAGCAAAAUCAUCAUAAAAAAUAUUCUUGGAAAUAUUGAUGAUAAUAAUAAUUUCAAGAAAGCUUCAAUGGGAAUUUCUAUGUCUCAAAGGGGAAUUAUUAGAAGCAAAAAGAUUGUGAAAAAGAGUUGCAAAAUUUCAAGAAGAGCAAGAAAAAUGAUUUCUCCAAGUAUUAUAGCAAAAAAAAUGGUGAAAAAAAGAACAAAAGUCCUUAAAAGUCUUGUUCCUGGUGGAGAAUAUAUGGAUGAUGCUUCAUUAAUUAAAGAAACCCUAGAUUACAUUAUAUCAUUAAGAGUUCAAGUUGAUGUUAUGAGGCAUCUUGCUAAUAAUGCUAGUUAUGAGAUUAAUGAUCCUAAAACAACUUUGUAGUUAUUUUUUAUCUUUGAAAAAAAUAUAUUUUUAAAUCAUGAA